AUGAAGUUCCUCAACCUCGCAGCCCUCGCAUCCGCCGUGGUCGCCCAAUCCGACCUCGCCAGCAUUCUCUCCUCCCAAUCCGACCUCUCUACGCUCGCCGAGCUCCUCGCUCUCGUCCCCGACAUCGCAGAGACUCUCGCAUCCGCCAGCAACAUCACCAUCUUUGCUCCCACCAACGAUGCAUUUGCCUCAGUCCCCCGAGACAUUCCCGAGGGAGAAGCUAUCUCUCAGCGCAACGACACCAUCGCCAUUGGUGCUCUGUUGUCAAACCAUGUCUUCAAGGGCUAUUAUCCUGCCAAGGUUGCUACGGAUAUUCCUGUGUUUGUGCAGUCGCUGCUGGAUUCGAGCUUCGUCAAUUAUCGUCAGCCGUUUGGCAACUUUACGGGUGGGCAGUAUAAUGGUAUUGUGAAGGAUGGCGAUGAUGUUGUUGUCAUCUCUGGGGAAGAGACUUUGUCCUAUGUGACUGAGGCCGAUAUCAAGGUGGGUGACUCGGCCAUCAUCCACAAAGUCGACAAGCCUCUCAGCUUCGGUCCUCCUCUCCAACUCUUUACCCGCCGCGACAACCUCCUCAACUUCAACGCCGCUCUCAACGCAGCUGAUCUUCCUUACAACUUCGGCAACCUGGACCGCGACUCCUCCACCCUCGUCAACAUCUCCGACUUCACCGUCUUCAUCCCCAACGACGCUGCCUUUGAGGCCAUUGGUUCAGUCCUCGAGAGCGCUGAUCUCAAGACUCUGCAGGAGGUGUUGAAAUACCACAUUGUCGAUGAUGUCCUCUUCUCAACUGAUCUAGCCAACGUCAGCGUUCCUAGUCUGCAGGGCGCUGAUUUGACGUUUACUGUUGCUGAGGAUGGAAGUGCUUGGGUGAAUGGUGCUAAGAUUCUCUUCACCAAUGUUCUUCUCUUCAACGGUGUCGCUCACGUUAUCGAUGGUGUCCUCAACCCUGCCGACGACCCCUUUGACCGUGCUGAUCUCAAGCCCGCUGCCGAUGCUGAUGACCGCCUUGCUUUCCCUGGCGCCACGCCCGUCUCCAAGCUCCCUUUCUCGGUCAUCAGCUACGUCGACGACAGCCAGCCUACUUACACCACCCCCGAGCUCCUCAAGACUCUGAAGGCCAUUGAUGUCUCAGCUCUUGCUACUGCCACGUCUACCGCUGAUGCUACCACUGGUGCUGGAGAGACUACUCCCACUCCUACCGGAGUUACUCCUGUUGUCAACGCUGCAAGCUCCAAGUUUGUCGCCGGAGGAGCUAGUCUUUUCGCUGUUGUCAUUGCUCUCCUGAUGGUUUAA